AGGUAAUAAAAUAAAAUCAUCAAUCGCUGUGGGUUGCUGGAUUUGUAUUACUAGCAGACUUCACUUAAGCAAUUCGAAUUCUUUGAAUUUAUACUAAAAUUGUUAAAAAAUAACAUUUAAUAAUAACAUUAAAUAUGUCGGAAGUUAAAAGAACAAUCAGAAUAAAAACUGAACAACAUAUCUUAAAGGAUGUACCUCUUGUAGAAAAUUUCCCAAUGAGGCAGUGGUCAAUUGAAAUAUAUGUCUUGGAUCAAUCAGGUAAUGAAAUUCCUGCUACAAUCUUAGAUAAAGUUACAUAUGCUUUACAUCCAACUUUUGCUAAUCCAAUAAGAACUAUAAAACAAUCACCUUUCAGAGUAGAAGAACAAGGUUGGGGUGAAUUCGAUAUACCAAUUUCAAUUCAUAUAUUGGGAUUAAAUGGUAAAACUGGUGAAAGAAAAUUUAAUCAUGAUUUAAAUUUUGCUCAAGAAGUAUAUACUAAUGAUCAUGUUGUUACAAUUCCUGUGGGAGCUAAUAAAAAUCCACAAUUAAAUAAAUUUUUAUUAGAAAGUGGUCCAUUACCUUUUGAUGAUGCCACUAAUCAAAAUAAGAGAAAAUUAGAUUCUUCAUCUAAUGGCCCAUCAUCUACAACUGCUAUUGAUUCAAGUAAACUUAAAAAACUGAAAAAUGGUAAUGCUUUUAAGGGUAGUAUUGAUUUGGAAAAAUUGGCUAAUGGUUUAACUAAAUUAAGUGAAGAUGAUUUAAUUGUUAUUGUACAAAUGGUAACGGAUAAUAGAACAAGUGAGAUGAAUAUAAAGAAUGAUGUUGAUAAUGCUGAAUUUACAAUGGAUUUAUAUACUUUACCAGAAUCUUUAUUAAAGAGUUUAUGGGAUUAUGUUAAAAAGCAUACCAGUGAAGUCUAAUUGAUAAUUGCUUGACGUUAUAUAAAAUAAUCUAAAAACGGCUCGUGUAUAAUUCUAUCUUAUGUCUUUGUUACUUACUGCUAUAUUACUUCUUAAACUGUAUAUUCUAUAAAUUAUAUUUGAAUUUUGAAG